AUGUAUAGGGAUGUAAAACCCAAAAACUUCCUUAUAAAAGAUAAGUGUGACAACCCUACUAAGGAUAGACUCCUGCUAAGUGACUUCAGAUUUGUAAAAUAUGGUGAAGACAUGAAAGGAGACAAAUUUUGUAGAACACCUACCUUUCUGGCUCCAGAAAUCUACAAACUGUAUCAACAAGGCUGGUACACAGAAAUGAUAAAUAUAUGGUUGCUAGGGGAGCUCUACAAUCCAGAUAGAAAUUUCAGGAUGUUCCUGAAUGUACUAUUAUACAGAUUGUCUGUAGAGAAUCUUAUAAAGUAUAAGUUUGAAAACUGUGACAAGAAGCUCUAG